AAUCGUACCGUAUAUAAACGGGGUUCGUCAUUUCAAAACAAGUCAUUUUUUUAAAUUCUUCGUGAUUGAAGGACCGUGGUUAGCACGUGUCGUGUAAAGGUGCAACACAGCAAAACAGAAAACGGUGAUUAGAUAAGUGAAGAACAGGCGUAAAACAAAAGCAAAAAUCUAGUGGAAAUUAAAGCAAAAAAGCAAAACGAAAGAUAUUUGCGCACCAGAGUACAGGAGAUCGUACGUGAGUGUGUGCAGAUUCAAUGGAUUUGUACCUCGGGCCGGCCAUUACCAUCCAGCCACCGGCCUCUGCGAACGUGCGUCAAGUGACGAGUGUGUUCUGUGUGUGAGUGUACGAGUGAUGUUCAAUUACCGCAAGUGUCACGGCGCUGUCUUUUGGUGAAUCUGCUGCUGCUGCUGCUGUGCAUUGUUUAUUUCGGCUUUCCUAUCGAAAGGAUGAUGUCAUACGGUGUUCUUCGUGUGGUGUGAUUAUUUUACAAGCUUUUUUUUUGGUUGUUAAUAAUAAUUUGAUCGUGCUGAGUGUAUAUGCACCCGAGUGUUUCGCGAUAACAUUCUUAACUAAUCUGCACAAAACGUGCUUACUUUCGCUAAUUAAUUAAAACGUGUUUAGUUCACAACAACAUAGUUUAUGUUGUCGGUUAUAUAGAUUAGGCGUUAGGCGAACCCGGUUGACACAAGAAUCGUACCCAAAACAGAACAAUGGAAAACGAAUCCUGUUACGGAGGCGGUGAUAUUGCGGGUGCCAUUUUCGGCACACUGAUCGCCGUCAUACUCGUAGCAGUGUUGCUCUGGUGGCUCUACAAGAAGAACUACAUCCUUAAGCGUAAAGAUCCUCAGCUAGUAACGGAUGACCCGGAGGCGACAGCAAAGGGUGGUGAAUAUGCGUUCGACAACCCGGCAUUCAAAACGGACGGUGGUGCGAUGGCCAACAGUGCACCGAAUGGCAUCAGCAGUAGCACCUCCAACAAGACCGGUUCACCGCUCGAUCCAAGCUGGACCUCCAACAAGCAAAACACGAUCGAAAAGCGUAAAACCGUCGAUGACAGCUACGUGAAUAUGACAACACCACGGCUAGUUUCGCUGCGCGGUUCCGACUUUACCGGGCUCGGUGUGGAAGUGUACGGUGGGCUAAAGGAAGGCAUCUUCGUGAAGAAAGUUAUGCCCCAGGGUCCGGCCGCUGGUAUCGUAAAUACAGGUGAUCGAAUAACAAGCAUCACGAUAGACUUUCGACACAUCGUCCAGGAGGACGCGAUGACCAUCCUGAGCUACGCAUCACCGUACAACGUACAGCUCGAGCUAGUUAGUGGCACCAAACCGGUGUUACCACAAACCCAGAGCCCAAAGCCGGGCCAUCAGAGCCUCACGCAUCCACUGUACCGAUCGAGCAGCCAGUCGGAUCUGAACACGAUUGAACGCAACUCGCGCAAGAAACUCUUUCCGAGUGAAGAUGCAUCUCCACUAAAGAUGGACAACCGUGCCGCUAGUCCGGGCAAAUCACCACUCCCGACGGUACACAAGGAAAAUGAGCGGGAAACGAAAAAACACUCCUUCAAGCAGCAGAUGCGAGAAAUGAUCGAAGAAAAGUUCCAAACGAAACACGCGACCGAUGUUGAGCGGAAGGGAUCGGGUGCUGCGGCGGAUGAGGCGGGCAGCAAGAAGAGUGGCCACAAGUUCGGUAUCCGGGUGUUUCCACCGUCGGUAAAUGAUAAGCUGUUCGGUAGCAAGAGCCCCACGAAGAUACAGGCAGAUAAUGAAAACAAUAGCAAUAUUGAGAAGAAAGAAUCGGACGAUAAGAAGGAAGAAAGCCGCAGUACACCGCAACCACCAUCACCACCGGUGGUAAAGAAACGUACCAAGGCCGAUCACAAGCUAGUGCCAGAUGUGGUCGGUGGUCAGAUGAUGGCUCCGGAACCGACUGACUUUCAGCGCCAGAACAGCCUAACUUCGAGCGGUAUUCGUCGGGAUGCGGCAGGUAUACCGCAGGAGAUGCCAAGUUUCAUGAUGCAGGCAGCAAAUGCUGCCCGUGACAAUCGUAAAUCGACAACAGUGGUCACAUCCAGCACGGUCGAGGAUGGAAAACGUAAACCGAAAGCACCGCUCCGUCCACUACAGAAUGAAUCCGAACUGGACGAAAGCACGGUUACGAUGGAUACGAAUCUGAGCAGCAUUGAGGGUAGCAGGACGAUGCUGAACGGUAGUAUCGAUAUGCCGGACACACGCACCGUCCAUCCACGCAUGAACUUUUCCGACAACUUCGCCGAGGAGGUGCUAAACUGUACGAUCGACAGUAUCAACGGUAUCGAGCAGUUCCAUGAGACCGGACCGAGCUCGACACCGAAGAGUGACCGCAAGAAGUCAUCAUCGCUGACGGAGAGCGAACUUAUGAUGCGAUCCACCAGCCCGGGUACAGCUGAUAAUGAAUCGGAUGUCGAACAAGAGCAACGUAUUCGCCAACCUCCAACGCCACCACGCCGCGAAGGCAAUAAGAUUGAACUGAACGCCGACGACAUAACUGUCCAUCGUAGUUCACCGAGCCCUGCACCGGAUAACAGCAGCAUGGAGGGGAUGGAUGACGAACAGGAGGAAACCAACCGUCGCACAGCAAGCUUGGGCGAUCUAUCGAAGCUGGAACCAACUGGCAAAACGAACCAAACCGCCACAAACAGCAACACACUCGAACGUGCCCAAAGUCUCGAAAUAACCGGUGACGCAUCGGUGGUAACGGUCGUGAAUGGUUCCGCUGGUGGUGAACCGACCGGUACGGCUCUCGAUGGUGGCCGGAAGCGUAAAGUGUCUUCCGAGAUUAUACUGGACGGUGUUAUGAAGGAUACAAACGAUGGGCUGAGUUCGUUGCAGCGUCACCGUCUCAAGGGUGCAUCCGCUUGGGGUAAUCUCGAGGAUGCGUACAACUCCGGUGAACUGCUCUCGAACGGUAGCGGCGGUGGUGGUGGUGAUGGUAGUGCUACCGAGGAAGAAAAGCAAGAGGAACUGGUUACGGUAAAGCAGAACGGAUACACCGAGCUAAGCUCGUACAAGCCAACGAUCAAUCAGGCGAUCAUUGUGGCGGAAGCACCGAAAACUCGUCCGGAGGUUAGCACCCUGCCCGACACCGAUCGGGAAGAACACAUUUCCCUGACGACGAUCAGUAUGAACUUUGUGCCGGAACAGGAACCGGACACAAACAUACCGGAUGAUGUGAAAGUGUCCCGCUAUCCGUUCGGUAGCCUUGAGCGUCCAAAGUCGGACGUACUGAAGAAGCUGCUCGGUCAGAAGGAAGAGCUAGAGAACACACCGUCCGUCUUCAUUUCGGCCGAUGGUGGUGAAAGUGUGGUAAGCACGAUUAAAAUCGAAAGCCAAACAGAGCGCCGAUCGGAUGUCGGUGAACCGAUCAGUCUGACGUUGAUCAAUCCGGUGGAAAGUGAUCGUACGGAAAGUGGUCAACCGUCGCCUGUUUUUACGAGUGGAACCAAUGGCGUUAGCAGCAUUAAUAUUUCCUCGAUGGAUUAUGGAAUCAUACCGACCACCGGGCCAAUUACACUGAACGGGGGAACAACGAAGUUUUCGCUCACCGCUGACAAUAUCGUUACCAUCUCGACAGCACUGGACGCCGGUACUAAUGGGACGGAAUCACAACCAUCCUCGAUCGUGAUGAUCGACGACGAAAAGCUCGACUUUAGUCUGCAAACGUUGGACGAUUUUGAUGAUCCGAUGGAUGCACCACCACCGAUGGAUUUCGCGUCGGACAGUGUAACGGUGGAGCACAACGUGGAACCCACCGAACCGGUUCCGGCGAAAAUACCGCUUGCUAAUGGUGUUCCACCUUCCGAACAGCCACCGCAACCACCCCAACGCAGCUCGAUUGCAUUGAGCCGACGUGAUAGUAACGGUGGACCCAUGACGAACGGCACGAGCGGUGGAUUCGUGACCGAAAUCACACUGAAAGCACCGGAACCGCCAACGGCCGCCGAACGAUUACCAGCACCGCAACAGAACGGAACCGGCCCGUCUUCUUCUCCGCCGGUGAUCGCUAGUAAGCCACCGAUCGUCACGAAGAAACCACCGAAACCGGAAGCGAAACCAACGACACCACCGUCCCGGAUACCGGUCGAACGGCGCAUGUCCAGCGAACACGGUACUGGCGGUGGUUCGCUGAUACCGCGCAAUACGGAAAUUAAGUUUAGUACGGCACCGUACGAAUCGUCACCGGUGGCCAGUACGAACAAAACGCCCACCCGCGGUGUCGAUCAGAUUCGGUCCACGUUCGAGCGUUCGAACUCGAAAACGGAAAUCCCCGUCCUGAUCCGACGUACCUCCAUCCCAUCGAUCAAUCUGUCCCCGUCCGCAUCCGCUACCGGUGGUUCGAUGAGUAACCUCAGCACCAAAGCCAGCCCAUCCCGCAUACCGGUGUUCAGCUCGAACGGUUCCAAGAUGAACGGUGGUUCACCACCACCAACAACCACACAAAAUGGUGGCCACACCAAUGGACUGUACCGCAGCAACAGCAACAGUACGAUCAUGAACAACAACAACAACAAUCAUCUGGUCAACAAUAGUAAGAUGUCGGUUAGCAUAACCUCAAUUAAAAACCAAUCCAAGCAUCCGAGUGGCAAGUUCUAGUAGAUACGACCCUUCUCUCCAUCACCUGCAGGGCAGUAAAUCCGUCCAGUGUACGUGUGUGUGUGUGUGUGUGUAUGCGCGCGAGUGUGUGUGUGAAUUUAGAAUUUAUUUGUUGUAUCUAUACUUGUAUGAAUGUGAAGAACUAUUACUACCAGAGAGCGGAUUAACCGUCCACCAUAUGAAUCCAUCUUUUUGUUACACACCAUGAAGGAGGAUGUCUGUAAAAGCUUCUACCAAGUAUUGGUACAGCGGGAACAUGAACCAUAUUAUAGUACCAUUUAGUGUGUUUUUUUUUCUUCUUCCUUUCUUUCUUUUGUACUACAACACACGUUGCUGUUGCUCUUUGUUCUUAACAUUUUGUUUGGCCAUAUUAUCACUUAUAUUGUAUCAUCCGACCCGGGAAUCCGGUUUUUUAUAGGAUUAAGAGCACUUUAAGACAUAUAUGGUAGGCUCGCUUUUUGUUUGAAUUCGAAACUACACGCAUUGUGUGUACGCCCCUUUGUAUCCCGGACAAAGAACAAUCAGAAGCUGAGCCAGUGGGGUGAUGUGUACUACCUUCAAACACAAUCGAGUAAAAUGAGUGUAUUUGCUAGUGUUUCUUAAGAGUUAUAUUUGCGAGAAAGGGGAGACAAAAUAAAAAACAUCGAAGAUAGGUGUAGAAACAACCAGAAGAAACUUCGGUUCGGUGGUUUAGGUUUAGCUUAGUAAAAAGUUUUGAAACUCACCACACCGGGCUGGUAAAAAGGAUGAACGGAAGAAGUAUCUUUACACAUUACACACCAUUUCAAUCACGUUUGUAAGAGAUGCUGCAAAAUUAAAAAAAAAAAACAAACACAGAGUUAUGUUAUUAUAUUAUAGUAGUAGAGGUUAGGUUUUAUUAUAAUUAUGGUAGUUAUUUUCAGAAUGAUCACCACUACCUAAUAACGUUGUUUGCAGGAAAAAAGCAUCAUUAAAGUUCAGCAUUUGGAGGUCAAACGGAGCUAGCCCGAUGGUUUAGCAACAUUUUCUACAAACAAACAAAAAACAAACGAAAGUGCAAUUUCAUUAGUAACGAAAGGAGAAAACAAAUAUUAUGCACAUACCAACCAAGAAGUAUCAAGUCUCAUCAAUACGGCAUCAGAACUAAAGUACCAGCAAUAUAAAAGAUUAUACCCUGUGUGUUGUGUGGGGAGGAAGAACGAUCAAUACUGUUCAUAUCUGCGUAUGCAAAAUAAUCAUUAAGAAUGUUCGACAUUUUAAGUAAAUGUUUAAAAACGUUAAAUAAAUUAAACUUGUAACAUAAACCAA